AUGGCAGUGCAUAAUAACCGUGUGUCAGAGAGAAGCAUCAAGUUUAAAGGAGUACAAAAUUUGGUGUUCUCUUCUUUGAGCGAUUCUCUGAAAGAUGUGUGCAGCUUUGAAGAUUUGAAGCAGCGAAUGAGGGUUUAUCUGAGCCUUGGGAGUUGUAAGGAGAUUUUUGAUGUCAUGAGUCUAGUCACAAAGACAAUUGAUGGCGGAAGGCUGAACAUGAAGGCACAUUGCCCUAUAGUAACGGAUGUUGGGUUGAAAGAUAAGGCCAUAGGAAUCCUUAUGUGUUAUAAUCCAAUUUGGCUGCGAAUUGGACUGUAUAUAAUUUUCGGUGGUGAUUCCUUGCUGUCAAGUGAAGAUGCUGAUUCUGAUCAAGAUGUCAAGUAUCUGAAAAUGCUCAUUGACAAGCUAUUCUUUUCACAUGAGGGUCUAGCUAAAGCAUUCUCUUAUAACAAAAUGGUUGAAGGCGUGUAUAGGGCAGGGUACUAUGAGAAUUUGGGGAAUGUCAUUUUGAAGAGGAUACUACUGCUUGUGCUUUUCUUGGAUAAAGCUAAAUGUAAAAGUUGCCUCCCGCUUGAGUAUGGCAUUGACGGAUUAGAUGGGGGUUCCCCUUUAUUAUUCAGAGCAGAGUCUUGGAUUAGAUCGAGUAGUCAACUGAUUCAUGAAUUUCUAUCAUCUGAUGUAAUGCAUGGAGAAGGAAACCUUUUAGCACACUUGUUGAUUUUAGGUUACAAAGUAUCUCAUCAACAGGGUCAUCUUGUUGGAUAUGAUUUCAGUGUCAGAGAUUUAUUCGUUGAUCUCCAAGAUGGAGUGAAACUGUGUCGGGCUAUUCAGCUCUUGCAACAUAAUCCCUCUAUCCUGAUGAAAAUUGUAGUUCCCUCAGAUUCUCCUAAGAGAAAUUUAGCAAACUGUGUUCUUGCCCUUCAAUAUCUUAAACAAGCUAGUGUGUCCCUACAUGAUGAAGAUGGCAUGAUGAUUUUAGCCGAUGACAUUGUUAGUGGUGAUAAAGAACUUACACUUUCCUUGCUCUGGAAUAUGUUUGUUCACUUGCAGCUACCGCUUUUGGUUGACAAAACAAGUUUGGUGGGGGAAAUUUCCAAAAUUCGAGGAAUCGGCAUGGAUCUCAUAAACAGUGCAAAUUCGACUUCUCUGGAGAUGCUAUUGAAUUGGAUUCAGGCCGUUUGUGAAAAUUAUGGUUGUGGAAUUGACAGUUUUCAUUCCCUUGUUGAUGGCAAAGCUAUCUGGUGCUUACUUGAUUAUUACUUCCAGAAGGAAUUUCAUAAUUCCUGCUCAUUGAAGGAAGUUAAUAUGAAAAGUAACAAGGCAUCAGUAAUGUCAGUUGAUGAAUACUCAGAUGCAUUGUACAAUUUUAUAUUAUCCCAGAAGUUGACUACAAUACUUGGGAAUUUUCCAGAGGUACUUCAGAUAAGUGAGCUACUUCAAUAUAAUGGUGCUUGCAGUGAUCGAAGUGUGGUGAUAUUGUUGGUCUUCCUAGCAAGUCAAUUAUUUGUCAAGAAAAAUGUGGAUCAAUUAAAUUUCCAUAAGCUCCUAGGCUAUGAUUGCCGAAGUGCAAACCGCAGACAUUUGAGGAUGGUGCAGUGCCUUUCAAGUUCUGAAUCGGUACAAAAUCCAGAUGAUUCAUAUGUACAAGGCAAUGAAGAUGCUGCAAGAAAAUUCAAGGCCAUCCAGGCUUGGUGGCAGGAUAUGGCUGGAAGAAACUGUAUCAGGAAACCAGAUUUUUCUAAUUUGCAGAGAUCCAGGACCAUUGAAUCCGGCACCGAUACUAAAAGGGAAUAUGCUGCAAAAGUAAUACAAUCACGUUUCCGGGGAUUUAUCACUCGUCGUAAGUUUCACACGAUGAUAAAUGCUGUCACCUUUUUGCAAACGGUUUUCAGAGCAUGGAUGAUGGCAAGGCAGGAGUUGGUCUGUGUGGCAUACACCACCAGUCAAGCCUGUGACUUUUCAUGUGACGUAUUGAGGCAUUCUCAAACGUAUAGGAGAUAUGCCAUGCUUUUUGUUCAUAGACAUUCUUUAGUGAGGCUGAAGAGAUCUGCAAAGCUAAUACAGCAAGCUGUGAGGAGUUGGCUCUAUUGCAGGCAGCAGCAAGGAUGCAGUAGAUGUCUUUCUGUCAGGACACUAGAUCCUGUGACUGCUGCCAUUACUAUUCAGAAAUUUGUCCGUGGUUGGAUGGCACGAUAUAGAUAUAUUUUUGAGCUUGAUCUAAAAGAGAAAGCUAUGAAUUUAGCCCAACAGAACAUUACACUUGAUCUUCAUACAAAUGCAGCUGUUACUAUUCAGCUUGCUUGGAAGAAUUACAGAUGCUGCAAGUCAACCUGCCAGAAGCAGCAUCUUCUUGCAACUAAAAUUCAAAGUAAUUUCCGUAGGUGGUUUUUAAGAAAAAGAUUUUUAAAUCAUGUUGAAGCUACCAUAAAAGUUCAAUCUUAUUUCCGAAUGUGGAGAUGUGUGAAGGCUUUACAGCACUUAAAAGUCACAUCAAGAUCAGCUACUUUCAUUCAGGCAUUCUUGCGUGGAUGGAUUGCACGGAAAGAAGCUUUUGCACGCAAGAAUCACAUUGUUGACAUUCAAAGGCAUUGCCGUUGUUGGCUGGUGAAACGGGACUUCUUGCUCAAAAGAGAUGCUGCAGUGAAGAUCCAGUGUAUUAUACGAAGCAUGGCAUGCCAAAAGGUUCUCAAUUGUCAAAAAGAUGCUGCGUUGGAGAUCCAGCGUUUUAUCAGGGGCGAUUUAGCUCGAAAUCGGCUAUUAGGUGGUGCUUCUACAUUACGUGCUCUCAUUCCUAUUAGUUGCAUUUCAAGACCGGUUGGAGUUUGUAGUUUUCAACUUGAACUACUGUUGUCUUCAGUUGUGAAACUGCAGCGGUGGUGGAAGCGUCUCUUGUUCCAUAAAUUGGCAAAUAAGUCUGCCAUGAUUAUCCAGUCCUGUGCUCGUGGGUGGAUGGCCAGGAGAAAAGCCAAUAUUUACAGACACCGAAUUGUUGUUAUCCAAGAAGAUGCUGCAGUGGAGAUCCAGAGAUUUGUUAGGGGGCAUAUAACUAGAAAUCGGCUGUUAGGGUGUGCUUCCAGUCUACGUGCAGCUAUUCCUGUUGAUUCCAUUUCAAGUCCAGUUGGCUGUUGCAGUAUUCAACUUAAACUGUUCUUGUUUUCUGUUGUGAAAUUGCAACGAUGGUGGAAAAGGUUCUUGUCACAAAAAAAUAUGACCAACUCUGCCAUUAUCAUUCAAUCUUGCAUUCGUGGAUGGAUAGCCAGGCGAAAGGCCAUUCUUCAUAGACACCAAAUUGUUGUCAUCCAAUCCCACUGGAAAGGUUACCUUGCACGUAGAGAGUCAAAGCAACUACUUGAUUUGCGGUUGAGAAUGAAAGAGUCUGCCAGAAAUGUAGAUGAUAGCAAGCGUCUCAUAAAUAGACUAUUGGCAGCGCUUUCAGAGCUACUUAACAUGAAAAGUCUUAGUGAUGUCCUGCAUACUUGUUCUACAUUAGAUAUGGCUACAGAACAUUCUCAGAAAUGCUGUGAAGAACUUGUGGCUGCAGGUGCAAUUGACACCUUGUUGGGGCUUAUCCGAUCAGUCAGCAGGAGUAUACCUGAUCAGGAGGUUCUAAAACAUGCUCUCUCAACUCUACGAAAUCUUGGGCGCUACCCUCAUCUACUGGAAGUGCUGAUCCAAACACACAACUCUGUACAAAUAAUUGUCAUGGAGUUACUAAGGAAUAAGGAGGAGGGAUACUUCAUUGCCUCUGAACUUAUGAAGAAGAUUUGUUCAACUCAUUCUGGGGUUCAAGCCGUGUUCAAGUCCCCAGCCCUCCUUAAACGACUGCACAACCUCGUUGAUGAGCUUAAAAGAAAGGCAGUUUACGAGAAAAGAAAUGGUAGAAGUGCUACUGCAGUUAUGAAAGAUAACAGAGAGAGGAGAUUGAAGGAAGCUGCUGAGAUUCUGAAACUGAUAGCACGAGCCUAAUGUUGUCUUUAUUAAUGUGCAACAAGUCAAGCAUUUGUUGGCUUUCAUUAACAUCUUUUUGUAUGGUUUAGGAUUGCGCCUUGUUGAUAUCACAAUAUUGUUCAUGAUUGUAGUGGAAUGGGUUUAAAAACGCGUUAAUAGCUGUUAUUAAGCGUGCGAUGGCGUUUGUUUUCAGGUACUGAGACAGAGACUGAGAGACUGAGACUCAGUAUUGUGUUUGUUAGUUCAGAGACUGGUACUAAAAUUUCUGUCUCUGUCUCCAAAAUUUCAGUAUUUCAGUACCUCCAAAAAGUAGGGACACAGGAGACUGAAAUUUUUAGAGAUGAAGACUGAAACUUUAAUAACAUUUUAUACCUAAAAUACUUUCAUUUCAAUUAAUUAAUUCCAAUUUUACCCUUUGUGCAAAUUAAAUUAGAGUUUCAUUCCUAUUUCAAUUUCUGUCUCCCAUUUUGCACCAAACAGAAUACUGAGAUUUGUUUCAAUCCCUGUCUCUUAGUCUCUGUCUCUCAGUCUCAGUCUUUCUGUCUCUGUCUCUCCACCAAACGCUACUAAUAUUGUAGAAUAUACAAUAUUAACCAAGCGUUUUAGUGCUGUACUGCUGUUUAAGCGUAACGCUACCUGAUGUCUUUUUCUUAUAUUCAGUAAAAAAACGAAUCGUUUUUAGUGUUGGUUUAGAAUUCAUUAGGUAGCGUUUGGUGGAGAGACAGAUACCGAAAGACUGAAACUGAGAGACAGAGACUAAGAGACAGAGACUGAAAUAAGUUUUAGUAUUCUGUUUGGUGCCAAGUGAGAGACAAAAAUUGAAAUAAGAAUAAAACUCUAAUUUAAUUUGCACAAAGAAUAAAAUUAGAAUUAAUUAAUUAAAAUGAGAGUAUUUUAGGUAUAAAAUAUUAUUAAAGUUUCAGUCUCUGUUUCUAAAAAUAUCAGUUCCCUGUAUCCCUACAUUUUGGAGGCACUGAAAUACUGAAAUUUUGGGGACAGAGACAGAAAUUUUAGUAUCAGUCUCUGAGCCAACAAACAUGAUACUGUGUCUCAAUCUCUCCGUCUCUGUUCUAGUACUGCAAAACAAA